UUACUUUCAAUUUCAGACGCAUUCUCUGAUCAGCCCUGGGCUCAACCGCUUUAAGCAAACAAACCGGAAAUAAUGUUUUUCUGUUACAUUUUUUUGUUUGUUUCUUUGGCGACUUUUCUGUGUGACUUCCAUGUGUCCAGCUGUGAUGAACACUGUGAUGAUAAACCUGUGUUCAGUCCAUCCACAGUUGUAGUGAAGUAUGGUGACUCCAUCAGUGUUACGUGCUCUGCAUGCCAGUCUGGCUGCAAUGAGGACCAAACUGGUUUGGAAAGCACUGUGGGAGACAAAACAAAAAACGGAGCCAGGAUUUUAUGGACAGUUGACAGAAUGACUGAAUGGGACUCAAAUGUCUUUUGCUAUUAUUCUAAUGCUUCGGAUUACCAGUGCUGCAGCCUCCUGCCUUUAACUGUGUACAAGCCUCCAGACAGCGUGUCCAUCGGCUUUGAUGGUCUCUCUGGGCCGAUGAUUGAGGGUCAUCAGUACACUCUGCAGUGUAAAGUACAGAAUGUUGCUCCUGUUGGAGACCUCACAGUGACCUUCUACAGAGGACAGACAGUACUGGGCCAAGCACAGUCCACAAAUGACCUGAAGACACCAGUAAAUGAGACCUUCAGUUUGAGCAUCAACACCAGUAAAGAAGAUGAUAGAGUCCAGUACUGGUGUGAGGCCAAGCUGGAACUGGGACCUGAGGGACCACAGCGCCCCCCACUGGUGAAGUCAGAAAUCAUCACCUCUACUGUCCUCUAUAAGCCUCAGCUAGAGGGGCCAUCACAUCCAGAUCCGAUCACCAUCACUGAGGGAAACUCUCUACAACUGAGCUGCAAGGCUGUGGGAAACCCAAGUCCCUCAUACACCUGGGUGGUCCUGCCACCUAGUGUCCCCUCCUCCAAUAGCAGCCAUCUCACUAUCAAAUCUGUAGCUUAUGAGCAGAAAGGGCAGUACACCUGUUCUGUCAGCAACAGUGUGGGGACAGUCACUGUGACGUUUACUGUGGUUGUCGAAGCCGACACCAUGCCAGCCAUCACAGGCGGAAUUGUUGGUGCUCUUUUGAUUGUUGGCUUGAUAAUAGGAGUCACUUUUUACGUCAGACACAGGUGAAUGGGCCAGUACAAUCUGAAGGAUGUUUUGCAUUUGCAUACAUGACGCAUUGCCCUGCCCGCUGCGGAGUAAGUCUGUGAGAUGGAAUGAAUCCUGUAUGGACAGUCUGGUUCAGUUCAGGAGCCUUUGCUGUAUCUUUCUCAUUUCCCGUUCUCUCUCUACUGAUGCUAUCUGAUGACAUAAAAUACCUAAAACUUUACUUUUUAAAGCCAAGGAGACGAUUACUAUAUAUUUUUCUUGUUGCUAAGAAAUUCCAUCAAAAGAUUAAAAUCAAUACUUUCCUGUAUUCUGCCUGUGGCAUUCAGCAACAAGUCCAUUAUUUCCUGCUGAAGACAUAAAACUUUAAAAACAAGUCACAAAUGUAUAUAUUUAAAAAAAAAAAAAAAAAAAAAGCAGGGUAAUUUUCUUAAACAGUGUGUGCACAGUCUUU